UUUCCGAUGAGAGGCCACUAGCAAGGGAUACCCACCACCACCAGGGAGCAGAAUCCGUUCCGGGGAUUGGGCGCUACGGCGGACCAUCUCAAGUGCUUCCGCCACACUCAUCAUGGCGGUGGCAGUAUGUCACUUCCGCCAGGGACCGGAAGUGUGGGAUGCUGCGAGCAUGGCGGCGUCAAAGGUGAAGCAGGACAUGCCCCCGCCGGGGGGCUAUGGGCCCAUCGACUACAAACGGAACUUGCCGCGUCGAGGACUGUCGGGCUACAGCAUGCUGGCCCUAGGGAUUGGAACCCUGAUCUAUGGGCACUGGAGCAUGAUGAAGUGGAACCGUGAGCGCAGGCGCCUACAAAUCGAGGACUUCGAGGCCCGCAUCGCGCUGUUGCCACUGUUACAGGCAGAAACCGACCGGAGGACCUUGCAGAUGCUUCGGGAGAACCUGGAGGAGGAGGCCGUCAUCAUGAAGGAUGUGCCCGACUGGAAGGUGGGAGAGUCUGUGUUCCACACAACCCGCUGGGUGGCCCCCUUGAUCGGGGAGCUGUACGGGCUGCGCACCACAGAGGAGGCUCUCCAUGCCAGCCACGGCUUCAUGUGGUACGCGUAGGCCCUGUGCCUUCCGGCCACCUGGAUCCCUGCCCCUCCCCACUGGGACAGAAUAAAUGCUCUGCAGACCUGG